UGUGGUAGAGGAAUAAAACCCCUUUGUGCAGAUAAGGAAAAGCAGAAUUAUUUAAAUGCUCAGUAUUUGCCAGGGUUAUAACUGUAAAGUGUAGUCUUUCAGUGGUGAAUAAAUACAGUUAACACAUAGCUCAGCCUGUGAAUGCAGUGCAGAGACUUUACUUGAGAAAGUUGGGAAUUAUUUUGUGUCUGAGUGAGCUCUCCUCACUGUGCUGCACGGCACGUUAUCCUGGGGAAUGUGGAUGGGAGCUUACAAAGCACAGCAGAUUCCAGCCUAUGGAGAAGUGCACUUAAGAACAGGAUAAAUAUGGCUUUUACGGGCGAGGACCACUUAGAUUCCCUUUCCUUACCAGUUCAGCGCCUGCACCUAAUCCAGGUGGACUCUGUUCAGCGAUGGAUGGAAGACCUGAAGCUGAUGACAGACUGUGAAUGUAUGUGCAUUCUCCAGUCCAAGCCCAUCAGCAUUGAGAAGGACGAGCAAAAUGAACUCAUCCUUUCCUCACAGCACAGCACUUGUGAUAACUUGCAGCUUCUGCUGAAGAGAGCUUGGAUCAUCAGCACUGAGCUGAGCAGGAUUGCUCAGAAGCUGGAGAAGAACAGGUGGCAGAGGGUGCACAGCAUGACGGUGAGAGUCAACUGCCACGUGCGUUCCAUGGUGAACGAGUACAACACCUUCACCAGGAGCUCUUCAGAAGAAAUGCACCAGCUUGAAAAGCUUUUAAUAGACAAGUGUUCAGAAUUUACAGCAUUCACAGAAAGGUGCUUACAGACAGAAGAUAAAGAGAUUCUGAAGUCCAUGAAAUCUUGUGUUAAUGAAACACUCACAACCAUUGCCCAGUAUUUUGGCCAGUUGAUAGAGCUGGUUUUAACACAAGAGGCACAGAACCUGCUGAGGCAGAUAGAGCUCUCUGGCAGCCUGUACAUCACCGAGUCAGCCAUCAGCAGUUUAUUCAGCCUUGCCCAGGAAGGCGCUCACCUCUGCCGCAUCAUAGCCAAGGAAGGAGGUGUCGUUGCUCUCUUUAAGAUCUGUCGCCAGGAUUGUUUCAGGUGCCUUUAUCCCCAGACCCUGAGAACACUGGCUUCAGUUUGCUGUGUAGAGGAAGGGAUGCACCAGCUGGAAAAGGUUGAUGGGAUCCUGUGCCUGGCUGACAUCCUCACUGACACCAGCCAUUCUGAAGCUACUCAUGCAGAAGCAGCAGCAGUAAUUGCCCAGAUCACAUCUCCACAUCUCACGUUCACUCAGCAUCUCAGCAGCUUUCUGGAAAAUAUGGAAGAAAUCGUGACAGCACUUGUCAAACUGUGCCAAGAAGCCUCAUCAGGUGAAGUUUUCCUGCUGGCUUCAGCAGCUCUUGCCAAUAUUACUUUCUUUGAUACCAUGGCUUGUGAAAUAUUGCUCCAGCUAAAUGCAAUGAAGAUUCUCCUAGCAGCAUGCUCAGACAAACGCAUAGUGGAUACUCCGUAUUCCAGGGAUCAGGUGGUAACAAUAUUGGCAAACAUGUCUGUGUUGGACCAGUGUGCUUCAGAAAUCAUUCAAGGAAAUGGUGUUCAACUUUUAAUGGAAAUGCUCUUUGAAAAAUCCUCCUCGGGAAAUCCAGCAGAAGCUGCAGCUUGUGAGCGAGUCCAGCAGAAAUCUGCAGUUACCCUGGCACGGCUCAGCCGGGAUCCGGAGGUGGCAGAUGCAGCAGUAAAACUCAGCUGUAUUCCUCGCCUGAUUAAACUUUGCAGAUCACCAACAGAAAGAAAUAACAGUGAUUCUGUUUUAGUGGCAUGUCUGGCAGCCUUGAGGAGACUAGCAGUUAUGAGUCCUGAUGGACUGGAAGAUUCAGAUUUUCAGCAGCUGGUAAAGCCCAGACUCGUGGAUUCUUUUCUGCUCUGCACAAAUAUGGAAGAGAGCUUUGUAUAAAUGGGAGCCAAAAACCCUUAAACAAUAAUGAAGGUGAUAGGUAUACAGUAAGAUAACACAUGAAUAAUUUUAUUUUGGUUUAGUCCUGUUGUUAUUUAUGACUUAUUUAUUCUAAACCCAUGAACAUGUGGUUUAACAGAGCAAAGGAACAGAAUGAGAAAACUUGUUACUGGGGUUUCCAUUAUAUUUUCCUGCCAAGACACACAAGACUUUAUCAUUGCCAUCUAACAAACUGUUUUGUUUAAUAUAGCUGAAUUAAGGUGAUGAAGCCAAGAAUUUGUUGCUCUGAUGUUAAAUGCUUCUAAUGAUGUUUUAUCACUGAUAUUUUUCUAUAGUUAGGACAUUUUGUAGGUUUUUUUUAAAAAUGUUUUAGCUUCAUCUGUAUUAGGAGAAAAAUAAUUCUAAAAGCUGCAAGUAUAUACUUUGAAAUGAAAGGGAUGUUACAGUCUGAGUCCAGUUCUUAACUGUUGCUGUUUUUUAAUAAACUAUGAGAGAAAUAUUUCCAAAAAAUGUUUAAAUACUGGCUUGAAAUGAUGCUACAUUCUUAGGCUGUAUGAAGAUGUGCUUCAUGAGAGGAUACACACUAACAGAAAGCUCUUUAUUCACACUGACUGAAAUUUCCUAGAGAAAUUCACAGAAUUCUAGGAAAAUCUUUGAUGGUGUGUGUGUGUGUGUGUUUUAUCUCAUAAUGUGAGAUUUUAAUGAUUUUGUGAUGAUUUAAAAUCAUUACACAGUGAUAAUUUUCUCUCCAAGCCUUACAAGAACAGGAAGUGCUAAAGCCCAGACAUGUUUUUAACAUUCAAGCUUUUUUUGUUUUUGUGGAAAGUUGUUCACACCUAUGCUAAAUAAUCUGAAGAGUUUAAUUAAAUGUAACUUGAAUUUC